ACUUCUUUUAUUACUUAGAGCUUAGGAGAGUUGGCAAUUGAAGCUUCAGAAAUAGUGAGUAGGUUAGAACAAGCCGCCGAAGGAGUUCCAAUACCAGAAAAUGUCCAUAAUCAUUCUACUGUAUUCUUAGGAUUAGAAAAGAAACAUACUGACGAAAUUAUAAGAACUAUCCAUGGGUUGAUUAGUACAGAUGAUGAGGGUGAACCCCUCAACUUUCCUUCUCUGGAUAGUGUUACUAAGUUGGUAAUGGUAACGCACAGUUUGGCAGUCUAUUGUGGAGGUCUAGAAAGGCCUAUUUUGCAGAAGUUAAGCACAAGAUUUACUACUGAUACUACUAGAUGGAUAACUCAGUUAUUUGGGUUUUUAGAUUGUUCAGCUUUUUACCAUGAAGAUCAUUUAGAAGGAUUAGUACGAGUUACGCGGAUGAUGCUGCACUGCAAAUAUCCUAGAUAUCUAGAGGACGGAGCUUUAACAUUAAAUAAUUCACUGCCAACUAUCUAUAGCAGCGUAGCCAGUCCUCUUGGUACUGUACAGCAUCUUUGCAGACAAUUAGGACUACCAUUAGCAUGCGUAAGGCCUGUGCCGGUCAAUACAUACUUUGGUUCCCAGUACACUAUGGACGUUUCGGCGCUACAAAAAAUGCUUGCUGACGAUGUAGCUACCGGUCGAAUGCCUCUCAUAGUUAUUGCAGAUGCGGGCACGCCUGUAACUGGCCAUAUAGAUAAUAUUUCUAGGAUUAGGGAGCUUUGUAAAGUGCAUGGGACUUGGCUACAUGUCCGAGGACACAGUGUAGCUGCUUUGGCUUUGCCAAAUUAUAAUCAGCGCAAUGGGACGGUUCCUCCAAUAGCUGACAGCUUGACUUUAACUUUAGGAAGUUGGUUGGGAAUUCCAGGACUGCCUAUGAUUACCCUCUAUAGGUUAUGGGGCACUAACAACCCUAAUCGCAAUAAACAAGUAGGAGUAAGUAGAGAGAGUACGCUUCCAGUUUUAGCAGGUCUGAAUACUGAUCACCAAAGUAGAAGGAUUCUUUCAUUACCUCUAUGGACGGGAUUACAGAAGUUGGGAACGGAAGGUGUGCAUUCCAGGAUCAAAGAAGAUUUCCUGGCUAGUGAAAGGCUGUGGUCCGCAUUGGACGUUUUUAGACAAGUUAGAGUAUUGAGUCCUAAACCAGGAGGAGAAAGUGGUACUUACACCGUGGCUGAACUGGUUUCAAAGCCAUCCAGUAUACCUCUUUUGAUGGAAUCGACAGCUUGUUCGGUAGUUUUCCAAUUCGUUCCCGAAACAUCCGAUAAUAGUGAAUAUACUGCAAAGGUUCCACCCUACUACGAUAAACUCAACUCCUGGCUAGGACAAAUCUUGCAACUAGACGCUCCCCAAGUACCGAUCGACAUUUGCGAAUUAGAAAAUAUCGGAGUGGUCCUACGAUUCUGUCCAUUCGAAAACGUUUGCGGUCAACAGCCCAAUCUAGAAGAAAUGCAAGCUUUCAUAGUAUGUUUAGAGCAGCAGUUGGUUAUUUUGAAGGCGACGGUACACCAUAGAGAGAGCUUUGUAAAAUUGGUGGAAGUUUCACCGGUGCUAAAAAUUGUUGAUCUACCAGAUUGGGCAGGUCUAGGAGGAGUACGAUAUUGUCCAGAAGGAUGGGAACAGUUAUUGACUGACCAAGCUAAAGAAGAACUUAACCAUCUUAACAUGGUUCUGGUAGAUACUCUUCGAUCUACGGAUGCAGCAUUUUCCUUGGGAGAAGGAGAUAAUGGUUUGAUGUGUGUACGGUUCGGCAUGUUGACUCCAGAAUCUGAUGUCGAAAAAUUGUUAGAUCUAGUUGUAAAAGUAGGACAAUCUGUAGAAGAGAAUUCUAGAGUACUUGAUUCUAUGAGUGAGAUUGUCAAAAAGGGUAUUGAAACAGCAACUCUCGACCUCCAAAAAGAAAACGAAGAACGAUUAUGGCAGGAAGGUAUUGUGCGACAUAUCCCGAUCGUAGGGACAUUCGUUAACUGGUGGUCGCCGAAAACCAAAGAUGCCGGAGGAAUUCGUGGUCGCAGCCUUAACCUUACACAAGGCGUUGUGGAAUCGACCGAAAAUAUCUAUAAAUACCACAUGCAGAUGGGGCAAGGUAUAGCUCCUGGAGGAAUUACACCUCCCACUCCACAGAUACAAACGCCUAUUGGAGGAAGCCAUUCUAGAUCUAGCAGCCAUGCUUCUGCUUCGAGUCAACAGUCUGCUAUUAAAUUGGAUAGUUCUGUUAAAUUGGAUAGCUCUGCCAAAUUGGAUAGCUCUGUCAAAUUGGAUAGCUCUGUCAAAUUAGAUAGUUCUGUCAAAUUAGAUAGUUCUGUCAAAUUAGAUAGUUCUGUCAAAUUAGAUACUUCUGUUAAUGUCAAACCGGACAUUGUAAAAUCUGAUGGAGUUGUUAAAUUGGAUAGUGACUUUUCUAAGUUAAAUUUGGAAAAUAGCUUGAAUAAAGUCAAUAGUCAAAAUAAGGAAGUUGUAGAAAUUAAAGAGAAUAAUAUUUAA